CAGGCUGUCUCCUGAUCAGGAGGAAAGAAAAGAGUGAGACUGUUAGAAACUGAAGCGAACUCGCUGAUGUCGGAAAGAUGGCGAGUAGAGGAAGUGACGUUUCCUUCACACAUGCGCAGGACAAACCGGGUUUCCGGGACGGAUCAGUAGAGACAGAAAAAGGACAAAAUCAUGAAGCCAGAAAAGAGAGAGAGACCCUGUCCUGAUCGGACCCUGAUGACCUCCUGAAGAUAAGACUUUAAGUUCACCAAAAACAGGAGAAACUCUUCAGCUCCAACUCGUCUCUAAACUCUGACUCGUCUCUUAACUCCGACUCGUCUCUGAACUCCGACUCGUCUCUAAACUCCGACUCGUCUCUGAACUCCGACUCGUCUCUAAACUCCGACUCGUCUCUAAACUCCGACUCGUCUUUAAACUCUGACUCGUCUUUAAACUCCGACUCGUCUCUGAACUCCGACUCGUCUCUGAACUCCGACUCGUCUCUGAACUCCGACUCGUCUCUAAACUCCGACUCGUCUCUAAACUCCGACUCGUCUCUAAACUCCGACUCGUCUCUGAACUCCGACUCGUCUCUGAACUCCGACUCGUCUCUAAACUCCAACUCGUCUCUAAACUCCGACUCGUCUUUAAACUCCGACUCCUCUCUAAACUCCGACUCGUCUCUAAACUCUGACUCGUCUCUGAACUCCGACUCGUCUCUAAACUCCGACUCGUCUCUAAACUCCGACUCGUCUCUGAACUCCGACUCGUCUCUGAACUCCGACUCGUCUCUAAACUCCGACUCGUCUCUAAACUCUGACUCGUCUCUGAACUCCGACUCGUCUCUAAACUCCGACUCGUCUCUGAACUCCGACUCGUCUCUAAACUCCGACUCGUCUCUAAACUCUGACUCGUCUCUGAACUCCGACUCGUCUCUAAACUCCGACUCGUCUCUGAACUCCGACUCGUCUCUGAACUCUGACUCGUCGUGUUUCUUCAUGACGACUCGUCUCUGAACUCUGACUCGUCUCUAAACUCCGACUCGUCUCUGAACUCCGACUUGUCGUGUUUCUUCAUGACGACUCGUUUUAGACUCCUUAGACUGGUUUUAAUCAGAGACACUCGGAGCAGGACUACGAGGAGCCCAGAAGACCCUCCGAGUCUCUGAUGGAUCCGACAGCUCCUCUGUUGAUCUCCAUGAAAGCUGGCGCUGAAAGAGUUAAGCCCCGCCCCCUGAUCUCUGAGUGGACGUUGAUGAAUGCUCCGUGUUCAGGGUUUAUAACAACAAAAGUUCACUCCAGAUUCUGCUCACUCCGCACUUUUACCCAGAUGCUGCUGAAUCUGACAGAUCAGGGAGAAAAACGCUGCUUUGAGCCGCCGCCGCCUCCGCCGCUGCUGCCGUGGUCACUGCAGAGGAUGAUUGAUUUGGAUCGUGCUCGCCGUCCCUCAGGAGGUCGGCUCGCAGCGAUCGAUGCUGCGGCCGGCCCUCCUGGUAUUCAUAAAGAAGAUCUGUGUGCCGCAGCUCUACGGAGUCUCUGAUGAUGAUUCAGACGCCUGAUGAUGUCACGGCGAGGAAAAGAAAGAGCGAAUGAAUCAGAGCGCAGGAAGUCAGUGCUUCAAUCAGACUGGAGGGAAGUCAGGGCGGCGUUUCUAAAGUUGGUAAAAGUAGAGAAGGAAACGGUCGUCAACAUUCAUCUCUGGAGGCGGAGUCUAACUCGGGGUCACGGUGGGUUUGACCCUAAAUUAAUUUAACGCCAGAAUAUCCCUUUAACUCUGAGAGGAAGUCCGACCCAGCUGGGCGGAGUUACCUGUUCCACAGCUUCCUGCUCUGUGAUCUGGUGAAGGAGGUUAAAGUUCAGACUCUGAGUUUUUCUAAACUUCGUCAGUUUUUAAGUUUUUCCUCUCCAGCUGUUUUCACGUUUAAAAACCAGCAGCAGCUCCUUAAAUCUGUCCGAACUCUGUCUGACUGUGAACAGACACACACAGACACUCACACAGACACACACAGACACACACAGACACUCACACACACACACACACAGACACACACAGACACACACACACACACACAGACACACACAGACACACACAGACACACACAGACACACACACAGACACACACAGACACACAACAUCGUCUUUAAGAUGAAACUCUGAGGAACCAAAAAACAGAAAAUCAACAUUUGACUGAGCGAGGAAACAGAAGGUUACUGACGUUAGAACGAGACGGAGACGAGAGAGAGGGGAGGAGAGAGGGAGGAGAGAGAAGGAGGAGAGAGAGAGAGAGAUGGAGGAGAGAGAGGGAGGAGGAGAGAGGGAGGAGAGAGAAGGAGGAGGAGAGAGGGAGGAGGUCAGGGAGGAGAGAGAGGGUCUGUGUUUACUGUGGACUCAGAAUGAAGGAAGUCUUUAUAAUCCUGUACUGAUCAGAGAGGAGAGAAGAUCGUCUUUAACAGACCGACAACAACAACAGCUGAGAGGAGGUCAGCUACAACUACACAAACUACACAAACUACAACAAACUACACAAACUAUAACAAACUAUAACAAACUACACAAACUACACAAACUACAACAAACUACACAAACUAUAACAAACUAUAACAAACUACACAAACUACACAAACUACACAAACUACAACAAACUACACAAACUAUAACAAACUAUAACAAACUACACAAACUACACAAACUACAACAAACUACACAAACUACACAAACUACAACAAACUACACAAACUAUAACAAACUAUAACAAACUACACAAACUACACAAACUACAACAAACUACACAAACUACACAAACACAACAGGACCACAGGGUUCAGUCAAGAACUCCAAUAUACAGAAUGAUAUAGAGUUAGAAGAGGGAGGAGACUGUGACACACACACACACACACACACACACUGACAACGACCAACAUGCUGAACUUUACACUGAAGCAUUUUCUCUGUGGACUGACGUGUGUGUGUGUGUGUGUGUGUGUGUGUGUGUGUGUGUGUGUGUGUGUAUAGUGUAUAGUGUAUUGUGUGUGUGUGUGUGUGUGUAUAGUGUAUAGUGUAUUGUGUGUGUGUGUGUGUGUGUGUGUAUGUGUAUAGUGUAGUGUAUUGUGUGUGUAUAGUGUAUUGUGUGUGUGUGUGUGUUUGUGUGUAUAGUGUAUAGUGUAUAGUGUAUAGUGUAUUGUGUAUAGUGUAUUGUGUAUUGUGUGUGUGUGUGUGUGUGUGUGUGUGUGUGUGUGUGUGUGUUUGUGUGUAUAGUGUAUUGUGUGUGUGUGUGUGUAACACAGUGAAGGGAAACAAAUUGGAUGUAGAAGCAGAUCUGCAGCCUCAGCACUUUUCUCCUCCGAUCAUAAAACCCUCCUCCCCCUCCUCCCCCUCCUCCUCCUCUUCUUCCUCCUCUUCCUCCUCCUCUUCCUUGUGUCACAUUCUCCCUCUCCCCUUGUUUCCUCUCCUUCCAUCUCUCCUUUCCUUAUCUCCUUGUUUCCUCUUAUGUCCCCUUCUUUUAUUUUCUUCUUUUCUUUGUGAUUUUUCAUUUCUUCCUUUCCUUAUCUCCUCUUCUUGUUUCCUCCUCUCUUGCCCCUUGCCUCCUUGCCUCCUUGCCUCCUUGUCUCCUUGAGUAUAAAACUCUCUGGUGUUUUUUAGGAGACAGGUCCUCCUGAUGUUAAAGGGGGGAGACGUAUGACGAAGGAGGGGGGAGAGAAAAGGAGGUGCAGGGAGGCAGAUUUAGGGAGGGGGAGGAGACCUGGGGGGGGGGGGGGGUGUGAGGAUGAGGAGGUGGAGGUGGAUUCAGGACGCAGUAUUUUCAAUAACAAAACUGUAUCGACCAAUCAGAGCAAGAGCAGGUCGUGUAAAUCCUGAAGAGACUCACCAGGACUGACACGCACACUCACACACACACACACACUCUCACACACACACACACACACACACACACACACACACACACACACUGCAGCAGUCCUUCUUCUCGGCCUUCAGUGUGAAAUCAGGACCGUUCCUCAGAUCUUGAGGAGACCAGGACCAGCUGAGGAGUCCAGGACCAGCUGAGGAGUCCAGGACCAGCCUGUUUCUUUAGGGGGGGGGGUUCAGGUGUUUCCUCCUCUGACUCAUUAAUCGACUCAUCGUUAAAAAAAACCCGGAGGUGGGCGGGAUGUUGGGUAACUGUCCUGGUUGGACAGAGACGCCGGUCGUGAACAGGAAGAGAGGCGUUAGCCGCAGGAAGUGGUGGAGCUGCCAGAGAGGGAGUCCCUCUGACGGGGAGGGGGGCGAGCGACACUGAGAGAGAGAGAGAGAGGUGCCACCUGCUUCUCUGUGAGGUUCUCACGCACGCACACACACACACACACACACUCAGAGUCGUGAUCAUGUCGGCAUAUGUUCUCCACCUCCGAUCUAAAAUAGAAACUCUGAAAAAAACAAAACAGGAACUUUAAUUACCGUAAAACUCAGAAUAUGAGAGAUGCUGACAAAUGAGAGGAGGAGAGAGGAGAGGAGAGGAGGAGAGGAGAGAGGAGGAGAGGAGAGGAGAGGAGAGGAGGAGAGAGGAGGAAAGGAAGGAGGAGAGGAGAAAUGAGAGGAGGAGAGGAGAGGAAGGAGAAGAGGAGGAGUAGGAAGAGAGAGGAGAAGAGAGGAGGACAGCGGAGAGUAGGUGCCUCCUCCUCCUCUCUCCUCUCACCUCCAUCUUUGUCUCUCCUCCAUUCCUCUCUCCUCCUCUGUCCUCCAUCUUUGUCUCUUCUCCUCUCACCUCCUCUUUCCUCUGUCCUCCUCUCAUCCUCCUUCCUUCUUCCUCCUCUCUCCUCUCUCCUCUCACCUCCUCUUUCCCCUGUCCUCCUCUCCUUCUCCUCUCCUCCUCCUUCCUUCUUCCUCCUCUCUCCUCUCUCCUUCUCUCUCCUCUCUCCUCCUCUUCUCUCUUCUCCUCUCCUCUCCUCCUCCUCUCUCCUCCUUUCUGAGGAGCGGUGAGUGAUUUUUGGACGGGGGGACGUCAGCUCGUCCUUGGCGGCGUCUCUGUUUCCACCUUUAGUCAGCUGGCGGCGUCAGAAGUCACAUCACAGCCUCCCUGUUGGCGGUGGCGUCCGUGGCGGUGGCGUCCAUGCUGGUUAGUCAGAGGGACUGUUUGGCAGGAGAAGAAGGGAUUUUCUCUCUAACUUUCACACAUGAAGAUGAAUCAUCCUUCACUUCCUGCAGAGCUGAGCUCAGUUUUAAACUCUGCGUUACCUCCUCUCUGGUUUAUUGGACUGUGGUCACGGACCGGGUCUGAGGGGGUCAGGUGGGACCGGAGGGCGCUAAAACAGACCUGAGCUUCAUGAAACGCUGUCUCCAUGUUUACACCAACCUGAGGGACAUGGUCACCUGAGAGUCCACGCCUGGACCUGGACCGUGGUCAGGAGCUGCUGAGUCACUGCAGAGUCACGUCUGCGCUUCGGUUUGGUUCUGGUCCCUCACUGGUUCCUGUUCAGGCCUCACUGGACUUCUGCUGUCUCUCUGCUGGUUUGAGAUGAUUUCUCAGCAGGUCUUCAAACCGCCCCCCCCAGCGGUGGUUCUUUAUGCUGAAGAGUUUCUCCUCCACUCCGACCUUCUCUGGGUCGAUCAGUCAGGUCGUUUACAGUCUCAGUUUAAUCGACUAAACUCAUAAUUAUUGACAUGAACGUGUCCUCCUCCCCAACACUAGGGGGCGAUAUGGGUCUUUUCAGCGGCGCUGUUUCCGACCCCAUCCAACCGUCACCAACAACAGCAGGUCGGUGUCAGACGUCAGAAGUGUCUACAACUGCUGCUGGGCAUUUUGGAGAAACAAGAAGGUGGAGCAUCGUACAGCGUUGUUUUUGUCCGACAUGAUGGACGCGCUACUUUUUCUAAAGAGGAGACCAACGCUACUCCUCUACUCUGGGGUUUCUGUUACGGGGGCGUGGCGUCAUACUCCGACUACGCUGGUUACAUGGUAGAGAAGAUCUAAUUCCAAUCUCAUUAUCUGGGUGUCUUAAUCAGAGUUCUCAAACUCAGAUUAUAGUCGGACUAAAGUGUUUACAUGACCUUCAGUUGUCCCGUGUAAAUCGGAAUAAGGCGAUAAUUCGGUUUAUUGUCAUGGAAACAGACUGAGUGAGACACCUGGUUCUCUGUCUGAAGACGUUUAGUUCUUGGACAACCAGAACCAGUAUUGAUGCAGACAGGAAGGAUCCAAAACCCUGACACUGUGUUUACAGUCAAAUCUACUCGGUCCGUGAGACCGGCAGGUCAGCUGAUCUACGGGUCAGUCUCAUAGUCUGGGGGUCCAGAUUCCUGCUCUGGUCUUGGACCUUCAGUCCGGUUCUCCUCUUGGUUCUGUUCUCUCUGCAGCUCUUUUCAAACACAGUGUGCGUUUCCCUGCAUGUGUGUGUCCGUGUGCGUGGGCGUCCAUAUGUGUUUGUGCGGCGCAGUUUGGUGCCAUGGGAACAGACAUAUGGUGCUGAUCACAUGUUGGGAAGAAGGUCAGUCCCAAAGAGAGAGAGAGAGAGAGAGAGAGAGAGAAACACACAUACAUACACCACAGGUGGAGCUGUAUGUUAUCUGGAGAUGUCACAUGACCUUUAGUCAGGGAGGAAGAUGGAGGUAUUUCUUCUUCAGACCAUCAGACGCUCCUCAGCUCCUCCCACAGAUCACUGACGGAGGUUCUGAUCCACUUUACCGUCUUUGAAUCGAGGUAAAAAUCCAUCUUCAUCCUGAUGAGGUCUGAGGAUCAUCUGAAAAUCCUCCCCACACUUCUCCACAUGAAGCUCUGAUGGUGUGAGACGUGAGACCAGUAGAAGAAAGUCAUGAUUUCCAUGCGGUCUGUUUUUAACGCCCUGAAGAUCAGAACCAUCCAGUCCAGAACUUCUGACCUAUGAUUGUUUGACGUCCUGUUAGAACUGGGUGAUUUGGCAAAAAAAAAGUGACCACGAUUCGGCAUGUGCCGAUAUGAAAAAAUUGAUAUCAUGAUAUUGGUGGCCCAAAAAAUCACGAUUCACGAUAUUAUCACGAUAUUAUCACGAUAUUAUCACGAUAUUAUCACAUUGCUUUUUACGUUAUUAAAAAUGUCAGACUGAGCGGUUGGGAUGCGUUGUGGACACGCUCCAACAGUGCUUUGGGUGGCCGCAAUGCAUUGUGGGUUGCCACUCAUUUUGUUGUAAAAUUUCUUAAACCUUAAUGUUCCGUUUUUCGUCAGGUUGACAUUAAUGAACUUAAUUUCAAGAGUUUGUUCUGAUUUGGGACGACUUCUGUUUUAGUUUGUUUGGACAUUUUGACACCGUGGGUCAGACUACGAGGUCAGGUUGGUCAGAACUCGGCUUCACUCGCCUCCGCAGAGUGACGCCGACACUCGUCUUUAAAUCAUCAUUUGAAAAGAUUAUUACAGUACCUUAAGAUUUCAUCAUCUCGGCCGUUAUCGUGAUUAAAUCGUAUAUCGGCAUGUCCCUUAUCACGAUAUAUUUUAUUGUAUCGUCCGAUCGCGAUUAUUAUCUCAACGUCACGUUGGAGAUACCCGAACCACCGUCACCCAACCGAGGAUCAAUAACUUUCUUCCCUCGAUCGUCCUGUUUACUUCUGCGGCAACUUACAGAGGUGAGCAAGAAAAGCUCGACUCUGAUUGGCUGUUGUGACGCACAUUUCCGUUACGUUUGAGCGAUUAAAUAAGCUCACAGCUGAUCACCGUGAUCACACUAAAAUUGAUCAGGAUCAUUUAUCGCCCGGUCCUGAGUCCUGUGUGUGUUUGUUUCUUCCUCCAGGUGAGGACACGGUCCGUCUCUGUAAACUCAGGGACCCCCUCUGCGUUCUCUUUUAGGUCCUCAGUGACCUUUGCUUUAGUUUCUGUCCUCAGACAAAUGAUGAAGUUUGUGUGAAUAAUGUCGGAGCUGCAGUGACCUUUCCUCCGCAGAUUAAUCCUCCUCAGAGGGACAUUAGGAAGAUGAUUGUGCAGAAACCUCCUCCAGCUGUUUCUUCAUCAUCGACUCCUGUUCAGGAGGGGGGUCUCAGGGUCUCAGGGUCCGUGUCUUUAACCCUCCUCCUCCCCUUUAAUGCUGGAGAGUAACCUUGAGACGUCCUUUACAGAACCAUCUGUGUGUGUGUGUGUGUGUGUGUGUGUGUGUGUGUGUGUGUGUGUGUGUGUGUGUGUGUGUAAUAUGACACCAGCAGCAGCAGCUUCAUAGAUUUAGGAACAAUAACUCAUUUUGCUGCAAUGCCACUGCAAUGCAACACCCCUUUGUCUCCAUCAGGGAAGCUCCCCGAGUGUGUGUGUGUGUGUGUGUGUGUGUGUGUGUGUGUGUGUGUGUGUGUGUGUGUGUGUGUUACUGAAUGGACAAAUAUUUGAGAGGACAGUUAAAGGGCCGACUGUCAGAAACUGGAAUCAGCUGAUCGUGUUGUUUUCAGGACGUUUGCAGACCUGUGACCUGUUAUUGAUUUAUUUAAUUGAUUGAUUAUUGAUUGAUGUAUGUUUGUAUGUUUUUGAUGUGUGUAUUUAUAGAUGUGGGUCUUUUCUUAAUAAUCAAAACUGAUUAAAGUUGAUCUCUGAAGUUCCCAUUAAACCGGUUUAUUAGAAACCAGUUCAGACUCACUGGUUUAGAGCGGAGGAGUAAAGUCGUUAUUUUCUGGGUAAUUAAGAUGUUAAUUUAUAAAAACAUCUGAAGAAAUUUUGAAGUUUCGAUAAAAACUUGUCGAUGAAAUAAUUUCUGAUGUUUCCAAACGAAUGAAAAAACAAACUGAUAUUUUCUUUUUCUUUCCCUCCAUCUUCUUUUCUCUUUAUUUCUUCCAUCCUUUUUCUUUCUUUCUCAGUUUCUCAUCUUCAUCUCUAUCCGCGUUUGUCUUUUUUCACAUUUUUCUCUCUUUUCUAUUUUGUCUCAUUUCAUCGUUCCCUCUCGUCUUUUCAACCUUUUCUUCUUUUUUGUUUAUCAUCAUUUUGGUCUCUCUAUUUUUUCCUCUUUCUCUUGUUUUUCUCCUCCUUUUUCCUCGUCUUCAUUCUGUUUUAUUACUGUUGUUCUAACUCUUCUUUAUUCCUGAAUUUUUCUGCCUUUUUUAUUUCAAACUUAUUAACUCGUUUCUAUUUUUUUCCUUUUUUUCCCACAUUUUCUUCUUUUGUUGUUUUCUUCUUCUCUGUUUCUUUUUUUGGGGGAAAAACAAAUAAUAAAAAAUAAAAGAAAAAAAAGAAGAAAAUGUAAAAGAUAAAAAAUAAAAUGAUCAACAAAGAGAAAUAAAAAAACUUAUUUUUUAACUAUCGUUUUUCUUCUUUAUUCUUUUUUUCACUUUUUUCUUACUUUUUUAAUUUGUUCGUUUUUUUCUGUUUUUUUCACUUUUUCUUUUUUUCUUAUUUUUUCUUAUUUUUCACUUUUUUCUUAUUUUCUUCUUAAUUUUUUUUUUAUUUGUUCUUUUUUUCUCCUUUUCCAAUAUUCUGAUGUUUCGUUGUUUGUUGUCUCUGCAGAUCCAUGGACCAAUCAUCAUGAGACUCCAUCAGAUCCCUGUUUCCCUGCUCCUCCCACCCUCGCCCUCGUCCUCGUUCUCGCCCCGCCCCCCGCUGUACCGCUGCUGCCUUGCAGCCCUCUCAUCCAAUCACAGAACAGCAUCGCACAGGCGUCUCAGCACAGACAGCCACGCCCCUCGACCUGUGAUUGGUCAGGACUCUGUGGAGGUGCUGGGCGGGUCUUACCCCCGUGACGACUUCACGAAUGUCACAUCGAAGAUUUUGGCGAAGGUCGGCCGGAACCUCCACAACCAAUCCCAUCAUCCUUUGUGGCUGAUCAAGGAGCGAAUCAAAGCUCACUUCUACAGGUACCUGGAGAUGUUGGUUAGAAUCUAUGAUCUACAGUUCUACAUUGAAAGGACAACUGGACUUCACUUCUCAUUUAAGUCCAGUUGUCCUUUCUGAAAGAGAGUUAGAUUCAGAUCGUGAUCCUCAGAGGAACGGAAAGAAGUCGGUGUAAAUUGACACGUUAACUUGAAUGGUUACGAUCAGCUACGAUCGGAGGAUACGACCUUUUAGGAGACCAUCAGGAUGAAGGUGGAGGUCGGGGUCUAGUCAGUGUUGUGUAUUUGUCAGUGUUGUGUAUUUGUCUCUGUGUUGUGUAUUUGUCUCUGUGUUGUGUCUUCAUCGUGGCGCUCAGACUGCUGACUCCUCCCUCCUCAGGCUGGUCGUCCUCGGGGAGUGUGGGGUGUAAAAGUUUGCUGCGCUCACACAGCAGUGAAAUAUCAUUACGCUGCUGGUUAUGAUCCACAGUCUCCAUAAACACACACAGACACACACACACACACACUCACUCUCUCGGAGCGGCCCCCUCGCAUUAAUGCCGCAUUAAUAAGUCAUUACCCAGUCACUGAGUGUGUUGUCUGACAGCGCUUUAUGACUCCGCCGUCUCACAGGUCGUGAACUUUACUCUUUAGAAGAGACGGCGCUCUGAUAGCAGCAGGCCAGCAGACUGUGAGGCAUGCUGGGUAAUUUUCAAACAGGGGAGAGCUUGAUCAACAGCUGCAGAGUGUGUGUUAGGACUGACUGUAACACACACACACACACACACACACACACACACACACAAUUAUGGAUCCAGCUCUAAUCAAUGACACUGACCAAUCAGGAGCAGAGAGGGGCGGGUCUCUGCUGUUUACUGAACCCACCUGUGUUGGUCCACGGUUCCAGAGUGGACCCUGUUUGUUGAUCCGGGUCCGUGUGUGAAUGUUCUGGUUCUGGUCUCUCUGCAGGUCUUACAUGGGUCGGUGGGGGAACCCGCUCUUCUCGGUCCACGAUAACCUGAGUCCUGUGGUCAGCGUGGAGCAGAACUUCGACAGGUCAGACUGAUGCGAUUGAUUAUAUUAUUGAUUAAUCAUUACAGUGAUCGAUAGGUGACGUCCCGCCUCUCUUGGUUUGACUGACAGCUUACUGAUCCCGCCCGACCACGCCAGCAGGAAAAAAGGAGAUAACUAUUACCUGAACAGGUGAGUCUGACUGCGAGGGUUUGUGUCGUUCAUGAACGAUUCGUUCAAAAGAACUUCUGAGUGAACGACGUGAACCGAAUCACUCUGAGAACUGAUUCGUUCCUUUCUCAGUUCCUGGCGUGUCGGUCGGGAGAGAAAUUGCCGCCUUUGACUCUUUGACGAACGACACACAGACAGCGAGUGAGCGAGUGGGCGGAGUCUCGUGAUCUGCUCACUCGAAUGAAUGACAUGUAUCAGUCAGACUGUGAACGAAACGAACGACUCCUGCACAGGAGCGGUUGGUUGACGAAGAUAAAACAGGUCAUUAUGGCGUCUUUACAUUAAAACACGUGUUUAAAUUCAGACGAUUUAAAGAAAUACGAUAUUUGAUUUCUUUUAAAGUCUCUGAAUCCUCGCUACAGCUGACAUCUUUAUUUAUUUUUAAUCUCGCCACUUCUCCGACAUAUAAAAGAACGACGACUCGCGCUCGUUUAGCGGCGUGCUGCUCGGCGACACACGGAGAGGUGAGUUUUUCAGGGCGGGGGAGUGAUUCUUCCUUCCUUCGAAUGAACGACACGAGUCACCCCGUGAAUGACGCUGUGACUUCAUCAGCAGGGGAGGGGAGGGGCUAAUGAACGAACUCGCCGCUGUGUCACUCACUGGUGUACUGCAGCGACAGGGCGGGGCUCCGAAACACUGACUGAUUCAGUGAACGAAUCUUUUGAACGAAUUUUUUUAAUGAUUCUAAAGAUUCAGUCAAAAGAACUGAUCUUCCCAUUACUAGCGAUUACCCAAAAUGCAUCUGCAGUGCGUGUGUGCAUCACCUUGUGUUUUUUUUCUUGUUUAUGUUGACGAGCAGAAACACGAUGCUGCGCGCUCACACCUCCGCCCACCAGAGGGAGCUGGUGAGGUCGGGUCUGGACGCUUUCUUAUUGGCCGGAGACGUUUACAGGCGGGACCAGAUCGACUCCAGUCACUACCCGGUCUUCCACCAGAUGGAGGGAGUCCGACUCUUCUCCAACCACGAGGUAAAAGGAUCGGGGGGCGGGACCUACAAAGAGUUGACCUUUGAACUUUGGAGGGUGUCAGGUGUCAGAUGUAUCAGAGGAGGGUCUUUGGCGAAGGCGGGGACAGUCAGGGAGGUCUUCUGGUCCUCCACGGUCCGGUGAUGUUUUGGGGCAGUAAAGAUGGCCGCUCUAAACCUCGCCGACCUGGCUCCGCCCUCCUCUGACGGUUGUUCUCUGUUUGUCCAUCAGCUGUUUUCGAAGGUGCAGAACGGCGAGGAGCUAUCUCUGUUUGAGCGCGGCGGUCGGAGGACGCCGCACAAACAGGAAGCUCACACUCUGGAGGCGGUGAAGCUGGUGGAGUUCGACCUGAAACAGACGCUGACCGCACUGAUCGCACACCUGUUCGGAGAAGGUGAGGGGGCGGGGAAACCAAGGGUCAAAGGUUAUCAUCCUCUCUGUGAGGAUGUGUGAUCCAACCUCAUCUCCUUGUCUCCUUAGUUCCUCUCCUAUCCUCCUCUCUCAUCCCUUGUUUCCUCUAUUUUCAUUUCCUUUCCUUGUUUCCUCCAACACUCUUCUUGUCCUCUUGUUUCCUUCCCUCUACGUGCUUUGUUGUCCUGUCUUGUUUCCUAUUUUGUUUCCUGUCCUUGUUUCCUCUCCUCUUAAACCUUGUUCCCUUUCCUACCUUUACCCCUUAUUGUUUCUGCUCUUUCCUAUUCUCGCUUCCUUUCCUUUUCUCUUAUUUCCUCUCUUUGAUUCCUCCUUUCCUUCCCUUGUUUCCUCUCUCCUUCCCCACCUCUUUUAAUCUUUGUUUCUCCUCUUUCCUUCCCUUGUUUUCUUCUUUCCUCCCUUUGUUUUCUUUCCUCGUCUUGCUUCUUUUCCUUCCCUCCUCUUCUAAUCUUUGUUUCCUCCUUUCCUUCCUUUGUUUCCUCUCCUAAUCUUUGUUUCACCUGUUGAUUACCCUCUCUUGUUUCCUCAAGAACUCUCCUCUCACCUUGCUCCCUCUCACCUUUCCUCACAUUUUCUCCCCUUGUUUCCUCCUUUCCUUUCCUUGUUACCUCUGAUUCCCUCCUCUCCUAAUCUUUGAAACACCCGUUGAUUCCUUCUCUUGUUUCCUCAUGACCUCUCCUCUCUCCUUCCCUCCUCUCCUAAUCUUUGUUUCCUCCCUUACUUUCCUUGUGUCCUCUCCUUCCCUCCUCUCCUAAUCUUUGUAUUACCUGUUAAUUCCUUCCCUUGUUUCCUCAUGACCUCUCCUCUCACCUUUCCUUCCCUUCUUUCCUCUUCUUCCCUCCUCUCCUAAUCUUUUUUUCACCCGUUGGUUCCUUGUCUCCUCAUGACCUCUCCUCUCUCCUUUCCUCCCCCCUCAGACCUGGAGGUGCGGUGGGUCGACUGUUACUUCCCCUUCACUCACCCCUCCUUUGAGAUGGAGGUGCGUUUCCACGGCGACUGGAUGGAGGUGCUCGGCUGCGGUGUGAUGGAGCAGGAGCUGCUGAACUCAGGUCAGAGGGCGCGCACACACACACACACACACACACACACACACACACAUACAUGACUCCCAGGUGAAAUGCAUCCUGGGAGUUGUAGUUCCUCUCCAGCUGUUUUAUUGUCGUUGUUCGUUGAGUUAAAGUAUCAGGAUCUCUGAUGGCGCUGAAGCGUCACAUGGUUCCUGUUUUCGUGAUUUUGACUCGUUGUGAUUCGUUAGUUGAGACAGAAGGUCAAUCAGAGAGCCGACAGCUGAUUGGUCCUUUGAAAGAAAACCGCUGAGCUGCGAUGUUGCCCCGCAGGAAACACUCGCUGUGACAUGGAGACUUUACACCAUCAGGUGUGUGUGUGUGUGUGUGUGUGUGUGUGUGUGUGUGUGAGGUCAGCAUUGAUUGGUGGAUCUGUCCUGCAGGGUGUCGGACAGAGACUGAACACAGCCUCCAAACAAAGAGCGAGCAGGUUUACAGAGUUAGAGCUCAAACACACACAGCAAACAUUUCCUCUCUCUCUCGCUCUCUCUCUGUGUCUCUCGCCCCCCUCUCUCUCUCUCUCUCGCCCCUCUCUCUCUCCUGUCAGUCUGCUAAGUGGCUAGCUUGCCGCUCUGCCCUUGAACAAAGCUGCAGCCCUGCGCUCCACUUCACCGCUGCUUGUUCCAAUCAAUAAUACAUGUUUUAAGACGCAAAGAGCGGCGGAGUGUGUGACAGUAUAUGUGUGUGUGUGUGUGUGUGUGUGUGUGUGUGCAGCCUCCUCAGAACCUGAAUCAGGUUCAGGUUCCCCUGAGGAUGGUCCUGCAGAUCCUUCAGGCAGCUGCAGGUCCUUAAAACUCCUUGGACCUGGUUUCUCUCAGAAAGUCUGACUCGAGUUCUGGAAAAGUCUUUGCCUCAGGUUCCCAGAGCCAAUCAGGACUCAGUUCUGUCCAAUCAGGGCGUGUUUAUCUCAGUCUAACUAUAAAUGAUUAGGGGCGUGGUUGAAUUCAACAUGAAAUACGAUGAUCCUGUACAACAGUCUGGUUUAUAAACAUACCCUACAGUCCAGUCCAGGACACAGCAGCUACAAUAGAAUGAACUACUAAACAGUUUUUUUCACCCAACGGUCUCGGGCCGGUCCGGUUUUUCUGCACUCAGCUGUUUGUUUCUUCUUCACUGUUUCCCACUGGGGCAGAUUUUUCCCCCUGGAGUCCAACAGAGUCUCUAAUUUAACAGAAGAAGAAGAAAACAUCGUAGAAAUCAUGAAGCAGUUGGUCUGGGAGGUUCAGACACUCUCUGCAGAUUUAUUCUUUAAGCUCCACUUUGAGCUUUUAAACAUCUCCUGAUGAGACCUCUGAGGUUUCUCCUGCAGCUGCAGUUUCCUCCCCUGCCAGAAGGGGGAGCUGCAGGUCAGAGCAGGAAGGAGAACAGGAGGAGGUUUGCAGGAAAACAGAGAGUCUUGGUCUGCUGCAAGAAUCGCUCAUUUUCACCUCCUCCGUUAUUAAACAACAGAUCUCUCUCUCUUCCUGUUAACCUGGCUCUCAUUUGUGUGUGUGUGUGUGUGUAUGUGUGUGCAUGUAGCUGUUAAUCUGUGUGUGUGUGUGUGUGGGGGCACGUUAAUGUGUGCACGUCUGAAUCCAUUUCCUGCAGAGCACCAUGACUGAAAUAGACUGUUUCAGGACACACACAGAGAUGGAAGUGCCUUUGGCCAUUUUACACUUUAGCUCUGUGUGCGUGUGCAUGUGUGCAUGUGUGUGUGUAUUUGUGUGUUUGUGUGUGUGUGUAUUUCCGUUAGACAGUGGGAGCUGCAGGAGGCUAAAUUGAUGCUGAGGUCCAAACACAGGCAGAGGAAGUAGUAACUCCGUCACGCACACACACAUGCACACGCACUCAUGCAUACGGCUGCACAGCUUGUUUGUGUGUUUUUGGAAACAGUCAGUAAAGUGCCCUCCCAUGAUUUUUACCUCGGUCAUGUGAUGGUCUCUGGUUCUGCUCGGUUCUCUGGUUCUGCUCGGUUCUCUGGUUCUGCUCGGUUCUCUGGUUCUGCUCGGUUCCCUGGUUCUGCUCGGUUCUGUCCUCCAGGGGUCUUAGUUGGUCAUACAUGAGUAUGAGGUCCGGUGUUUCCAUCCCACCUCCUCAGAAUCUGGUGGUCCACGUUCAUCAGUGGUCGGACAGGGAGCCAUCUUAUCAGAACCGGACAAACAUCACUGAGUUCUGAACAGUCCUGACUGUAUAUAUAUAUAUAUAUAUGUGUGUAUAUGUAUAUAUAUAUAUACAUAUAUGUGUAUAUAUAUAUAUAUAUAUAUAUAUACAUAUGUGUAUAUAAUAUAAUAUAAUAUGAUAUAAUAUAAUAUUAUAAUAUCAAGAUUAUUAUAUAUACAUUAUUACAUCUACCUUAUUUUAUCUACAGUAUCAAAUCUAGAUUAUUAUAUCUAGAAUAUUGUAUCUUCAUCAUAAUAUCUAGAUUAUCGUAUCUAGAUAGUUAUAUCUACAUUAAUAUUUCUAUGUUAUUACAUCUACAUCAUUAUAUCUACAUUAUGAUGUUAUUACCCCCCCACAGUCUUAAAGUGGAGGAAAGGUCACGACCUCAGUGUCCUGACAUUCGGGUGUACAGGUGCUGAACUGACAAACAGACCAGACCAGAGCAGGACUGACCCAGGAUCAGGGAUUCCUCUGAUAUCUCAUAUUGAUCUGAUAUUGAUCUGAUAUUAGUAAAACGACGUGAUAAACAAAGACGUUUUUUUUUCUGGUUUAAAUGAAACUUAAUAAACAACUGAAGAAGGACCGUCUUUGUUUAAAGACUCUUCUUCAUCUCUGCUGCUGCAAACACCUCCCCCUUAACACACACACACACACACACGCGCACGCACACACACACACACACACACACACACACACCUCUCUCAUUGUUAAUCGAACACAUCAGCAUUUAUAACCAAACACAUGAUGUCGCUCUGCGCUUCAUUCACAAUAAACUGCUCUGAGUGUGUGUGUGUGUGAGUGUGAGUGUGUGUGUGUGUGUGUGUGUGUGUUUGCAGUGUCUCUCUGCCCUUGGCACUGCAGCAAUGCUCUUGACAUUCAUGCUGUAGAAACACACACAGACACACACACACACACUCCUUCUUCUUUGUUGGUUAAUGUGCUCACUCUCUUGACUGCCGGAGUCAAGUUUGUCCGCUACACACACGCACACACACACACACACACACGCACACACACGCACACACACACACACACACACACACACACACACACACACACACACACACACACACGCCUGCUCCAUUCUCAUUCUCACUCUCUCGACUCUCUUCACACUCUCCUCCUCCCCUUUCUAUCCACUGCGGCAGUGUGGCUGCGUUGCCUUGGAAACCACUCAUUCAACCACCCCCCCCACACACACACACAUACACACCUCCCACACCCCUACACACACACACACACACACACACACACACACACACACUCACACUUUUCUCUGGAGCUCAGAGUGAAGUGAGAGACAAUAAAAAAGAGGGGAAAAUGAUACGGGGCGAGAGAGCACAAGAGAUAAUGAGAUAAAGAGAGAGAGAGAGGGAGAGAGAGAGGGGGUGAGGGAGAGGAGGUGAGGAAGAAAGGAGGCAUAAAAGGAAGCAAAGGGAGAAUUAAACUCAGGGCAGGACGUCGUCUCCUUAAGGAAACAGCAACAGGGGACACUAGUUGGUGUGUGUGUGUGUGUGUGUGUGUGUGUGUGUGUGUGUGUGUGUGUGUGUGUGUGUGUGUGUGUGUGUGUGUUAUUUAAUGAUGUGGAAGUGUGACUGCCAUAUGUGCCGCCUCAGGCCAAAUGUGAUGAGGGACAGAGGGGUUAAUGAGAGAGGGGAGAGGAGGAGGAGGAGGCGAGGGGGAAGGAGGGAAGGAGGGAGGAGAAAAAGAGGAGGACAGAAGGUAAGAAGGAAACGAGUGAGGAGGAUGGUGAAGUGGAAAAAAAGGAGAAAUGAGAGGACAAGGAGAGGAAAAGAGGAGGAAGGAAAAAAGGAAGGGAGGGAGGAGACAGAGAGAGGAAGGUGAUGAACAAAAAGGAAAAGAAAGGAGGAAGGAAGUGAAGGAAAUGAGGGAAGGGCAGAGGAAAUAAUGUAGUGAAGGACAGGAGAAGGAUGGAUAGAGUAAGCGAGGAAGUUACGAGAGCAGAGGAAGGAAGGAGGUGAAGGAGGAGAGGAAAGGAAGGACAUGAGUGGAAUAGAGGAGAGGAAGGAGGAGGAGUGAUGGAUGGAUGUGGAGGAGAAAAUGAGGUUUUAAUAGAGAUGGAGGGAUGAAGGAGAGAGAGAGAGAGAGACAAAUGUCUUCAUUAAUUCACAGAUGGGGGAGGGGCGAGCGAGGUAGGAUCAGGACAGAGAGAGAGAGUCUCACACACACACACACAGGAGUGUGUUCUUGUGUCACGUGUGUAAAAGUGUGAGGAUGAAGUUUGUCCUCGUUUUUAGGAGGUUUUGGACGACAGGAACUUUUUCAGAGUACCAGGAACUGUAGAAACCCGGGACUCUGUUUAGAGGAACCUUUUAAACUCCUGCUGCAUUAUGGGAACUGAAGAGGCCGUAUGUUGGAACAGGAGAGUCGAUUUAGUUCAACCGACCUCCAUUUUUAAAUCUCUCGUUAACUUUAGUAAAACGAACAGAGAGGAGGAAAAGUUCCAGGAACUCUUUCUGUGCAACAGAGGGACUUCAGGGGGUCAUGGGGUCCAGAAUUCAGGGACUUUCGGAGCCAGACUCUGACAGCAGGUUGGCCUGUCAAACCUGAGACCCCUCUCCCCCAAUUUCCACCACAUCUGGAACAGCUCAGAUCCAGAAUCCGCCGAUUCCUACCGGGUUCGAUCCUCCAGAAACACGGAGUAUUUUAUUUUGAAAAGAAGCCGGAUGUUUUAUUUUGUGUCUGUGCCCGACUUCCUUUCCAGCACGGGUUAAUCUGUGCUGAAUUUAUCCGCCAUGCUCCGGCGUCCAGAAAAAAUAGAACUUAAACGUUAACUUGAAUGUUUACGAUCAGCUACGAUCGGAGGAUACGACCUUUUAGGAGACGAUCAGGAUGAAGGUGGAGGUCGGGGGUUAGUGUUGUUCCACCUUGUUUCUACCUCCACUGUGCAGCACCAUCAGACCUGUUCAGUGGCGGUUCUAGACCAAAUUACUCCCCGGGCGAGCCCCCCCCCCCCCCCCCACACACACACACACACACAAAAAGAGAUAGAAUUUUGAACAGAUAGUUUUGUAUUACUAUGUAUUAUUAUUAUUAUUAACAACAAAAAUAAAAUAUUUCUCAAUUGCAGAAAUCCUUCAAUAGAAAAAAACACAAUCCUGAGGGCCAUUUUGAGAAGGGCCCCCAGAUCCUGAGGUUUUCUGAAGUGUUGAGGUUUACAAAAAAGCUGCUAUCUCGGCCUCUGUAGUAGAUAGAAACAAAAUUCAAAAAGUAUUUGAGAGCUUAAACAUGUGGCUUUCAAGAAAGCUCUCUUUUAGUUUUGCGAACCUUUAUCACAUUUUUAAAAACCUUGAACAAACAAACUUAAACAAAAUAAAGCAGCUGUAUAAAUAAAAGUAAAGGCUCUGCACUGGAGAAUGACAAAUAAUUUGUUUUCUGUAAAACAAGUGGCAGUCAUGAUAAAGUGUCCAUUCAAUACAAAUGUAAAUAUAGAAAAUAAGGUGUUGAAAGGGUAUACAGCUGCCCCAGUAUAGUGCCAGUACAAAAGCAGAACUAAAAACUAAAAAAUGAAUAAAUAAAUACGUGGCUGACAGUGUGUUCAUCUCUGUUCUCACCCAAAGUCAUGCAACUCUCACAGAAAACGCUGAUAGUGUGAGCCAAAGCACUUCAUAUGAAGAAGUUGUUCACACUGCUGGAUGUUUCUCCUCUGAAGCUGCUCUCUGCCUCAGUCAUUGUUUACUUUACUCAUGAAGCUCAUCAAGCACGUAGCAAGAUCCGAGCAUGAACCCGAGCGCUUUAUUCGUCUAUCAGAGGCAGACGGGUACGGUGAUUUCAUUCACCGCGACUCCAGAAAUGAUUAAAAAACUACAAAAUGACGUAUCCGCGCUCCCGCUGAUAUGCUGACAUGCGUACACAGAGCAGAGCUGUCCCCCCGCGACUCUCUCCCCGCCUCGUCUCACACAGUCUGUCAGCCUCUGUGCAGCACCUUCGGAGCAAGCAGGGGCGCCUACAGCAGCGGGGGGGGGGGCGCCAAUUUGACAACAAGAGUUAAUACAAAACCGCUUUGCGGUUAAGAUUUAUUAUUAUUAUCUUUUAUUUUAUUUUUUUGGAAGUGCUCGUGCCGCCCCCCAUGAGUCACGACACAAAUGCCGCCCCGGGCGGCUGCCCUGUUCGCCCGUGCCUAGAACCGCUACUGGACCUGUUUGUUCCACAUGUAGACCGGUUCCUGAGAACUAAAGGUUCCUGUGGUUUUGGUGAAACAGCGUCUUUAUAUGAAGGACUGAUCUUUGGUUUCAGUAAAUCUGAGCCGCUCUCACCCUCAGCUGUCAGAAACUACAGUUUUCAUAUCAGAGAUCUGAGCGACAUCAACUCUAAACAUCCAUAAAGUCUGAUAUUGAUCAUCAGAUCAGUUAUUGAUUUCUGUUUCAUGACUGUUUGGCAUGUUUGUCUUUGUCCCAGUUUUUGCCCACUGAUUUGUCUGCUGAUGUUGGUUCGUGUGUGUGUG